CUCCAAAGAAAGCCGAAGAGGUAGCGUCACACUUCUGUGUUGUCGCUUACAGUCAGUCUGUGCGAGUUGUUUGUGUCGCGGCAACUGUGAGCAGGCUAGCGGUUUACAGUCAGGUGGCUCCAAAAUGAAGUGUAUUCGAUUAGCUUCGAGCCUGAGUGUUUGCGCUGCAAAAUUCCCUCGGUGAACGCCCAGUUAUUAGAACUUUGGUAGAGAGCAAAAUGUGGCUGCCGAAAGUGAAGGCUGUUUUGUUGAAGAUAUUGAUGAGUGGGUGAAGAUGGAAGAUGAUCCCGAUGCAAGAGAGCAAAUUUUCCACAACACCGUCCGAGAAUAUGUUAUCUUCCUGCUGCUGUUCAUCCUGCUGUACGUGUCGGCGUUCGCGGUCAUCGCGCGGUUCCGGCGGCGCAGCUCGGAGGACUACUACGCCAUCGACGAGGAGGAGGCGACCGUCUUCAAGAUCAGCCUGUGGCUGUGCACAUUCUCGCUGGCAGUCUCCCUGGGUGCGGCGCUGCUUUUGCCAAUCUCCAUCCUGAGCAACGAGAUCCUCGCGCUCUACCCCAGCAGCUACUACGUCCAGUGGCUCAACCACUCACUCGUCCAAGGGAUGUGGUGUAACAUCUUCCUCUUUUCCAACCUCUCACUGUUUGCGUUCCUGCCAUUUGCCUAUCUCUUCACCGAGUCAGAAGGAUUUCCCGGCUGCCGUAAGGGUAUCAUGGCGAGGGUGCACGAGACAUUUGUGAUUCUCGUUCUCCUGGGCGUGACCGUGUUGGGCAUGACGUACGUCAUCGCUUCUUUCUUCGAGGACCAACAUUCCACCAUCAUGGUUAUGUUCAAUUUAGGAAGCUACUACCUGCCAUUCCUGUAUUCGUGUAUAUCAUUCAUCGGAGCACUGAUCCUGCUGUUGUGCACGCCGCUGGGCUUCGAGCGGCUGUUUGCUGUGGUGGGGAACCUACUGGUGAAACCGCAGUUCCUGCGCGACCUGGAGGUGGAGUUCUACGUCGCACUACUGGAGGAGCACACGCUGGAGCAACGACUGGCUCGGACGCGCGCCUCGGGCGGCCGCGGGUACUUGUGCCCCGCACCCAUGUCACCGGCAGGUGCGCUCGCCGAGGAGCCGCCCUACGUCGGGCUGCAGAACGGCGAGCUGCAGGCGGGCAUAGAGACGCGGCUGGCCGACGUCCGGCGCCACCGCAAGUACCUGGAGGAGCUGUGCAAGACGUCACUGGUGCAGCGCAACAUCCUGUACCCGGCCUCGAUGCUGCUUCUGGUCGCACUGACGGCGUUGGCUGUCUUCAUGGUGGCCCAGAACACGCUGGGACUGCUCAUAGGCAUCAAGGCGCUGCCACUGAGCCAGGAGGACUUCAUACUGGGGCUGCGGCCGCUGUCGAAGCUGGGCCCCGUGGGCGCGCUGCUGGAGAUCGCGCUCAUCUGCUACCUGGUGGCCACCUCCUCGGUGGGCGUCUACACGCUGCCCGGCCUGCGCCGCGUGAAGCCGCGUCGCGCCCGCACGCCCUUCACGCACGUCGUCGCCAACUGCGCCCUGCUGCUCGUGCUCAGCUCUGCACUGCCGCUGCUCGCUCGUAUACUCGGCUUCACCAACUUCGACCUGCUGGGCGACUUCGGGAAGAUCCGGUGGCUGGGCAACAUGGAGAUCGUGCUUCUGUACAACGUGGGUUUUGGCGGCUGCGCCGCACUGUGCCUCGCCAACAGGUUCACGGCGAAGGUCCGGCAGGAGCUCUGGUCGUGUUGGGCGCACGUGUUUGAGCAUGUGACAAGACCUUGUGCUUUAACUUUUGCAUGCUGGGCUGAAAUUGCAAAGAGUCUGGAUGAAAUCUCUCUCAGGUUCUGCAGCUUGAUUGGCAUUUUUGAGAGUAACGAACCGUUGGCACACGAAAAGCACCGGAUACGGACCACCUCUCUAUCUGGCACAGGACUGAAGGAAGAGUAGCAGCGUAGAAACUGUACACUCAAUAUUUUGGUUGGAGUGUGUUAUGCAUCACUGGGAACAGAAUUAAAAGUGCCAAUGUAUAUAGCCCAAGCAAAGUAACAAGGAAGAAAAUUGAGAGCUUUUUAGCACUUAAAACUGGAAUCUGUUCAUGUUGAGGACUGUUUUAUAGGGUUAUUUUCCUGGUGGACGUAUGCAAGAGAGUUAGGUGAAUUAUGCAAUUCUUUGUGAAUUAUGCAAUUCUUUGUGAAUUAUGCAAUUCUUUGUGAAUUAUGCAAUUCUUUGUGAAUUAUGCAAUUCUUUGUGGAGACUGCAUUUCUAUCCUCAAAAUCAUAAAAAUUGCUCUAUUUGUGAGUUCAAAUUUUGAAGAGAGAGAGAGAGAGAGAGAGAGAGAGAGAGAGAGAGUGAAGCAUUUUGAUAUUAGAAAUGUUUGGCCUCUGGUGAUUAUGAGACAUUUUGAAUGUACAUGUAGAAGUAAAUCCCAAGUAGCAACAAAGCUCACAAAGUCUUGCAGAGAAUUUUUGAAACUGUCCAUAAAAUGGGAAAAUUUUUGUUGCCCAAGCACAGUGAAAACUUCUUGCAUUUUAUUGUGAAGCAAAGGAAAGAUAUUAAACAUUUGAUAUUGUUUUUCUGUAAGUGCACCCACUUUAUUGAUGUUAUGGAGCUGUAUAUUGAAACAUCUUUUUAUGUACUGAAAUCGUUCCUCAAUUAUUUAAAUAUGUGUGGAAGAAUGAGUAUGUGUGAGGAUUGUUUGUACUAAGUUAUUUGAGCCUUCAGGGCAGAUUUUAUUUAUUUUUUAUUGAUAUAUAUAUGUAUAUACACAUCUAUAUAAAUGAUAUGUAUUAUACUACAGGGAACUUUUAACUUAAGACUGAUUAAGCAAUUGCAGUAUGAAAGUGGCAUUCUGUUCUUAAAUGUCAUUUUUCAUGUUUUAGUAACUGUUUAGCAGGUAUUUUUCCUGUAUACUUGGCUGAUCUGUAACUUGAAAGGCCACAAAAAGCAUUAAUUACAUAAUAAAUGAAGAAAGAGGAACUUUUUGUGUGUGUACUUGCAUUUAUAUAAUUUUGUGAUAUGUGUGUAAAUGUAACAAGCAAUG